UGCAAGGUGUAGCCAGAAUGCACAGAGCAGUGGGACCAUGAAGCAAUUUUGAAGGCUUUGAAUACACAUGCAGUGCAUUCGGAGACAUCAGCAGGAAAAGAGCAGCAGCUGUAAUGCAUGUGCACAUGAAUGAGUGCAGGCAGCACACGCAAGCACCAAUAAAUAUGAGCCCGAGUCCGAACUAAACGUGAGCACUGAGCAGAUUAAAACCACUGAAGUAGAAAUUAAUGUAGCAGCUCUUUUUAGUUUUAUUUAAUCCCCCUGCCACCAUAACAUAACAGGCAAGUGCAAAGACGGUAAAUAUCGUCAUUGGUGUCCAGGAAUUACUCGCAGUACUUCAAGUUGAUUUGUUGUACCGUAACAAUGCAAUCAUUGUGGUAAACAAAACGUUCACCGCUUUAUCGUUUGGACUCAAACACGAAAAUAUUUUUGUUUGAUGAUAAUUAUCUUGGGGGGGAAAAACUGCGACAUGCCGCUACAAAUAAUUGACAGUUGACGCAUAAAGUGUUACAUCUUCGGGAAAACUUGUCAUUUAGCCAAAGUUUGCUGGCGAGCUUGGCUAGUGCGUUAGCUACACUGGCAACUGUGGCGAUGAAACGACUUAAAACACGACACGCCACAACUCGAGAUACCAAACAAACUCAUGGUUCGCGAAGAGGCAGGAGGAGGCAAACUAUGAACGAGGAUGAUUUCUGCUAAGAAAACUCCGGAGAAGAGUCGCUAUCCUGUCCACUAUCUGGUGUGGCACAACAAGCACCGGCAGCUGGAAAAAGAGCUGACAGCCGACGAGCAGACCGAUUUAGAGUCUUUGGACCCCCGGGGUCGGACUCCUCUCCACCUGGCCGUCACACUGGGCCACCUGGACUGCGCCAGAGUUCUACUGCAGCAUGGAGCUGACGUCAGCAAGGUGAACCGCAACGGCUGGACUGUUCUUCAGGAGGCAGUCAGUACUCGAGACCCGGAGCUGGUGCGCCUUGUGCUGCGUUACCGUGACUACCAGAGAACAGCCAAGAGACUGGCGGGCAUCCCCGUCCUGCUGGAGCGACUGCGCCAAGCCCAGGACUUCUAUGUGGAGAUGAAAUGGGAGUUCACCAGCUGGGUGCCCCUGGUGUCUCGCAUCUGCCCCAGCGACACCUACAGGGUUUGGAAGAGUGGUCAGUGUCUCCGCGUUGACACAACUCUCACCGGAUUUGAGCAGAUGACCUGGCAGAGAGGAAAUCGGAGCUUCAUUUUCAGGGGACAAGACUCCAACGCGGAGGUGAUUGAGGUCGACCACGACAGGCAGCUGGUGUUCUGCGAGACCUUGUGCGUCUCGUCUCUCGCAGCGCUGUCGCCCGGCCGGGGGAAAGGCGGCGCCUGCGGCAGUACGGCGGCUGGUCUGGGCCUGCUGGGGGGGGCGCAGCCCAGCGAUGAGCAGGUGGCGGCCCGGCUGUCUGCAGCUGUGGUGACCACUCAGCUGGACACUCGCAACAUCGCCUUUGAGAGGAACAAGACCGGCAUACUGGGCUGGAGGAGCGAGAAGACCGAGAGCGUCAACGGCUAUGAAGCUAAGGUGUAUGCUGCAUCUAAUGUGGAGCUUAUCACCAGGACCAGAACAGACCACCUGUCAGACCAGAACAAGAACAAGAUCAAAGGUGGGAAGACUCCCCUCCAGAACUUCCUUGGGAUUGCAGAGCAACACAUGGGCUCGAACAAUGGGGCCCUGGUGACCCAGAUGUCAACUCCGGCUGCGACCAACCCUGCAGCGCUGAGCGCUGAGGAAUACUUCAACCCCAGUUCUUCUCCCACCCUGAGGGACAUCGGCCACCCGUGCCAACUCACCACCAAGACCCAGAGAUUUAAAGCAAAGCUGUGGCUGUGCGAAUCCCAUCCUCUUUCGCUGGCAGAACAAGUGGCGCCUAUCAUCGACCUGAUGGCCAUUUCUAACGCCCUGUUCGCCAAGCUGCGCGACUUCAUCAUGCUGCGCCUGCCGCCCGGCUUUCCCGUCAAGAUCGAGAUUCCUCUCUACCACAUCCUGAAUGCCAGGAUCACCUUCAGCAAUCUGAACGGCUGUGAGGAGGCGGCGAGCGUGCGUCCCGACAACGAGGCUGGGGUGGAAGGCUGCGGGCAAAGGUACACCUUGCGGACGGACACGCCCUCGCCGGGAAGCGAUUCGUCCAGUGUCUCCAGUUCCAGUUCCACCGUGUCGUGUCGAGCCGGAGAGAUCCCCCCCUGCGUCUUCGAGCCCCCGUCUGGCUACACGGUGCUUGGAGGCAAGCAGAGAGACAGCAUGAGGGAGGAGGAGGAAGAAGAGGACCUGCUGCAGUUUGCCAUUCAACAGAGUCUGCUGGAAGCCGGCUCGGAAUACGAUCAGGUGACCAUCUGGGAGGCGCUGACCAAUAGCAAGCCAGGAACACACCCGCUGUCUUCUGACCCGAGUCGCCUGGAGAGGAUCCCCCAAACGAAGCCUCGCUCCCCCUCCAGCCUCUCCUCAACCCCCUCCAAGAAGCAGCAGCAGCAGUCGAGCGGCCGCAGCUACGACGAGCAGCUGCGAAUGGCCAUGGAGAUGUCGGCUCGGGAGCAGGAGGAAGCCGAGCUCCGCCGACGGAAGGAAGAGGAAGAGCUGCUGCACAUCAUCCAGCUGUCACUCACGGAGAAGUGAGCGGGCCGACGGGGGUGUCAAAAACACCGUGAGCACACUUUCAACUGACUCGGGGGGGCGAAGGAGGGAGGGGGCGUGAUGACUGUCGUGGUUUCACAGGCCUCCGUGACUCAGCUUUCUCGUAAGGCCUGAGGUUGAUGAUCAUGAUGCGGACGGGGUCCAGAUGCUCAACACCAGUGUUCGCUCACUUCUUCUCCAGUGCCAGUUUACAAACAACACCCGUUAUAGACACACACGAUAUCUUGUUGUUGAGACAAAGGGCCGAAAUCAGCCGGUGGGAGUGAUGUGCGAAUGUUGAACCCCGAGCCCCGGAAUAAUGACAGUAAUGAUAAUAAAAGUUGCUCGGUUGCAGUUAGUUGUAUCUUUUUUUUUUUUUUGGAAUUGCACAAAAUCCAAAUGUACUGUAUUUACACUGUGGUUGGCUCACAUACGUGACUGUGAAUGGACGCACGCUCGACGUGGAGGUGACAAGCUGGAGCACAAAGUAAACUGCAGGAGCGCAGGUACGAUUUCCCGAUUACGUCCUUUUACUUCAAGUCCCUCGUGUGGUUUUGACACUUCACUUUUGGCAAGGCGGAAUUAUGACUACAGCUUAUGUAUUGGCUCGUGUUAAGAGUUGUACCUCAAGAAAUGUAUGGCGAGUGUGCACAAGUACCCGCACUCUACCAAUACGGAGCAUCUUCAACACCCUUGUCUGAAUGUAAAUACGGUAGUAACAGAAACACUGUUUUGAUACGCGUUACUGUUACUUUUCACACCAAUAGCAGCACAAUUUGAGCAGCCGUCUUGCUCCUCUCACUGCAAAAUGUUUUUAUGGGUAUGCUAGGCAAAUAAAGAAACAUGUUUUAAUAAGCGUUCGUCUCUUUCUGUGCUUUAAUCCAGGGAUGACAAUAACCAAUUUGGAAAAACACUGAAAAUGUCUGC